AAUUGUGUUGUGAGGAAGAAGUAUGGAGAGAGGUUCUUCGAAAAAGUUGACUGUUCCACUUCUUGAAGGGAAUUAUGAUGAGAAACCAAGUGUUAAGAUUGCUAAGGGAAGGAAGAGAGAUACAAAGUCAAGAAAAGAUAUGUACCAGCAGAGAGCUCAAUCCUCAGACCAGUAUGAUAAAUUGGUGACCACUAAGAAAUAUGAUGCAGCUAAGAUGAAGUUCAAAGUUGCUAAGAAGGCUCAUGAGAAGAAACCUCAGAAGAUUUACCUCCAGGGAAGAACACUAUCAGCAUUCACGGAUGAUGAGAAAUCUAAAAAUGUGAACAAGAUCGUAUCUGCUGAGUAUUACCUCUACACUCACUUUUUCGGUGAAGACCUGCAUGAUGAAGAUGAUGACUAUGAAGGAAGCGAGAUGGCUGAAAUUCAUCAUAGAGGGGACUUCUCACGCUCAAGUUUCAUAGGCGAUAUUGGAGUCAACGUCCAAGGCCAUGUCAAGACCCUCGGACCUCUUCAGACUUUCUUUACACUGAUGAAAGGCUUUGUUGGCAUUGCAAUGCUGCUUUUUCCUAAUGGAUAUUAUAACGCAGGAUGGCUAUUCGGAACAGUGACUAUUUUGGUAAUUAGUUUGCUGGUCAUCAUUUGUUCGAAUCUAUUGCUUACUGUAUCUGAAGAGUAUCCUGGGACAUUCUCAUCGCUUGGAGAGAGGUCCCUUGGAAAGCCAGGCAAGAUAUUCUGUGAUAUAGCACUUGGGUUGACUCAGACUGGAUUCGUCUGAAUGCACAUUGUCUUUAUAUCUCAGAAUGUCAAUGGCAUUCUUGAUGCUAACUUUGGAUUCACAAUCAACAAAUGGGUGAUUGGAGGGAUAUGCUUGUGUAUCUAUGCUCCUCUAACUUGGGUGAGAAGAAUCCAAUAUUUUGCAAAAUACCACAUUUUCGCGGAUAUCAGCGUGAUUUGAGCACUAAUUGUUAUUUUAUUUUAUGCUUUUGUUAAUUAUGAAGGAAACGAGGUUCAGCCGAUUAAUAAAGAUAGCUACAUGGUAUUUGUCGGCACUUGUGUCUUUGCAUUUGAAGGAGUUGGGAUAGUUCUUCCUGUAAAGGACACGACUAGAAAUCCAAAACAGUAUAGAUUUAUUCUCACUUUGAUCAUGACUAUUGUUGCAUUUUUGUUGAUUGCAUUUGGAUUAACCAAUUAUAUGGCAUACUCAAAUGAAGAACUGAUUAAUGCUAAGCUAAUUACCAGAUUGCUGCCAAGCAACAGUCCAAUUGUGCAGAUAUAGUGGAGCUUUUAUUCAUUCUGAAUUUAUUCGUCUCUUACCCUCUUGUCAUCUACCCAGCAAAUAUUAUUAUUGAGAAAAAGGUGUAUAAGAAUAUGGAGCAGACAACUAUCAGAAAGUGGCUGAAGAACUGAAACAGAACACUUUUAGUAGCCUUUACUCUUUUCAUGGGGUUAUAUUUUGAGGAAAGUUUGGACAGAUUGACCUCAGUGGUAGGCUCUUUAUUUCUUACCCCUAUUGCUUUUACUUUGCCAGCAACAUUCCACUUAUGCCUAGUUGCCAAAACAACAACAGAUAAAAUUCUGGAUUAUGUCUUGAUCACCAUUGGAUUAUUGCUGAUGGUGAUUAUCACAGGAUAUACAUUGAUCAACUGGGAUUCAGUUUAA